CUCGCAAGGCCCGGGCUGCCCUCGGCGCUGCCGCUCCCGAAGGCCUCUGGAGUCAGGCGUUCGCUGUCGACAGCCCUGCACGGCGCGGUGCGGGGGCUUGGCCGCGGCUCGGCGCAGGCGCAGUCAGCGCGGGUUCUUCCGCGGGCUCAGGCGCGUUGAGGGCGAGCGGCGGCGGCCAUGGACGACGAGGAGGAGACGUACCGGCUGUGGAAGAUCCGCAAGACUAUCAUGCAGCUGUGCCAUGACCGUGGCUACCUGGUGACCCAGGAUGAGCUGGACCAGACACUGGAAGAGUUCAAGGCCCAGUUUGGCGACAAGCCGAGUGAGGGGCGGCCACGGCGCACAGACCUCACGGUGCUGGUAGCCCACAAUGACGACCCCACUGACCAGAUGUUCGUCUUCUUCCCAGAGGAGCCUAAAGUGGGAAUCAAGACCAUCAAGGUGUAUUGCCAGCGGAUGCAGGAGGAGAACAUCACCCGGGCCCUCAUCGUGGUGCAGCAGGGCAUGACCCCCUCCGCCAAGCAGUCCCUGGUAGACAUGGCCCCCAAGUACAUCCUGGAGCAGUUUCUGCAGCAGGAGCUGCUCAUCAACAUCACAGAGCACGAGUGGGGGCUCUCGCACCCCUGGAGACUCAGCUGCUUCUCUUGGCAGCUGGUCCCAGAGCACGUCGUGAUGACCAAGGAGGAGGUGACCGAGCUCCUGGCCCGGUAUAAACUCCGAGAGAACCAGCUGCCCAGGAUCCAGGCCGGAGACCCGGUGGCCCGCUACUUCGGGAUAAAGCGAGGGCAGGUGGUAAAGAUCAUCCGGCCAAGUGAGACCGCAGGGAGGUACAUCACCUACCGGCUGGUGCAGUAGCGCCCGGCUCCCAGCCCUCUGUGUCACCUCCUGGAGGUCCUCGGAGGCGGCCCCACCUCCUGCUCGGCUGGUCUCACCUCACACAGCAGACGUAACACGUGGUCGUCCGUCCUUCUCUCUCCCAUGCUGCGGCCUGGAUGAGGCUGUGGCCACCGCCCCCCAGGAGCCUCACCACUGCUGCUCUGGACCCCGGGGCGACCUCACCUGGAUGCUGAGCCCCACCCUGGACCCUGCGUGAGUGUGUGCCUCCGGAGGGGACAGGAGACAGGACGCCUCAGGGAGGCCUGCAGCAGCUGGUGACCCACGGCAGCCCUGGCUCAAGUCUCUGGCCAGCCCCCACCACUGUGCUGUCACUGGGCCACCCGAGCACACCCGGGGCAGCAGGGAGCAAGCUGCUAUUUGACGCUGGGUGUUUUUAAAAAUUAAAAGUAUUUGUGUAAAUAAAGUGGCGUAUCUGGAGAAGCAAAGCAGAAUGACAGGUCUGCAGCGAGUGGCCUUGCUCGAGGCUCUGGACGCUGGGUCUGCUCCCCUCCCCCCAGGGUGGCCACGUCCAGGCACGUCCCUGUCCAGAGUCUGUGGUGGGGGUGGGCAGUGUGGGGCACGGCAGUGCUGCUGGGCUCGCUCUUGGCUCUAUUCCUGGUGUUUUUCUUGCGUCAAAGUUUGUGGUCAGGUUAUCCAGUUUCCCCAUAGUGUCUAGUUUCAGAAGGCCUUCCUGGUUUGGGUUAAAAGGUUUGCUUUUCUUUUUGUUUUAAUAGCGGCUUUAUUGGGACCUCGUUCACAUGCCACAGCGUAUGCAUUUGCAGCACACCGCUCGG